AUGGUGUUGUCCAAUCAGACGGACGCCUUAACAAUCCUUCAUUUGCAUACCGUUGAGCAUAAAAGCUCCGAGCCUGCGUAGAGCUCGCCAUUUUUCUUUUCCUGCUUCUUAGCUACUCAUCGCUACCAUGCCUGAACCAGCCAAGUCGGCGCCCGCCCCGAAGAAGGGCUCGAAGAAGGCGGUGACCAAGGCGCAGAAGAAGGACGGCAAGAAGCGCAAGCGCAGCCGCAAGGAGAGCUACUCGGUGUACGUGUACAAGGUGCUGAAGCAGGUGCACCCCGACACGGGCAUCUCGUCCAAGGCCAUGGGCAUCAUGAACUCGUUCGUCAACGACAUCUUCGAGCGCAUCGCGGGCGAGGCGUCGCGCCUGGCGCACUACAACAAGCGCUCCACCAUCACGUCCCGCGAGAUCCAGACGGCCGUGCGCCUGCUGCUGCCCGGGGAGCUGGCCAAGCACGCCGUGUCCGAGGGCACCAAGGCCGUCACCAAGUACACCAGCUCCAAGUAAACUUUCUGCUGCUUGUACUAGUCCACCCAAAGGCUCUUUUCAGAGCCACCCAUCUUUUCAGGAAAACAGCUGGGCACUU